AUGCAUAUGUACUAUGCUAAAUUUGAUGAAUUUGAAAUAUUUAUCAGAAAAAUAUAUUCAAAAUUAAAAGUUUUACAUGUUAAUACUUAUUUUCAAGAUAUAACUUUUCUUAAUGCUUCUCGUUGGAGAAAAUUAAUUUUGCAACCUUUACCUCAAUUAGAAGAAUUUUAUUUACGAUAUUAUGAACGUGCUGAUCCUGUAUAUAAAUAUUCUAUAUAUAAUGAUAAACUGAAUCAAUUUGUUCCAUCCUUUUGGAUUGAACGACAAUGGAUAUUUGAAGCUGUAAUUAAUAAUGAAUCUAUCAUUUAUUUAGUUGGUCCAUACAGAUAA